CACCCUACACCAGAGCUCACAGCAACACCAGAUCCACUGAGCAAGGCCAGGGAUCGAACCCACAUCCUCAUGGAUACUAGUCAGGUUCAUUAACCACUGAGCCACCAUGGCAACUCCUUAUCAGUGGCUUUUUCUUACAAUCACAGAGUAGUGCUGUGACUAUACUAUCACCACAGUAAAUUUCAACACAUUUUCAUUACCCCAAGCAGCAAAUCUGUACCCCUUACCUGUCAUCCUCCAGUCUCCUCAGUCCCUGGCAACCACUGAUCCUCUUUUGUCUCUAUGGAAUUCCCUGUUCUGGACAUAAAAAUGGAAUUGUGCAAUAUGUGGUCUUCUGUAACUGUUUCUUUCACAUAGCAUGUUGUCAGAGUUCAUCCAUGUUGUAGCUUGUGUCAUUAUUUCAUUUAUUUUCAUUGUCAAAUGAUAUCCCGCUUUUUGGAUAUACACAUUGAGGUUAUUCAUUCAUCAGUUGAUGGGCAUUUGCGUUGUUUCCAUUUUGGGGCUAUCAUGAUAAUGCUUGCUAUGAACAUUCGUGUGCAAGGUGUUGUUUGAACAUAUGUUUUCAUUUGUCUUAGGUAGAUACCUAGGAGUGGAAUUGCUGGAUCAUCUGGUAAAUCUUGUAUAAUCUUUUGAGGAUCUGCUAGACUGUUUUCUAAAAUGGCAGCAUCAUUUUAUAUUCCCACUGGUGGCAUAUGAGCAUUCCAGUAUCUCCAUGUUCUCACUAAUGCUUGCUAUUAGUAUCUGGGGACUUUGUUUUAAACAAGGUCCCUCUGGCUGCUCUGUGGGGAACAGGCUGAAGGAAACAGAGGCAGAAGCUGGAAACCCAGUGACCAGUGACUAUAAUAGCCCAAGCUGGAGAGCUUGGUACCUGGACCAGACUGGGGGCAGCAGAGGAGGUGAGAAGUGACUGGAUUGUGGACAGAUUUUGAAAACCACUGAGUUUGAGAUACGCCAGACUUCCAGGUUCAGUAGGGGUUGGGCAUUGGAUACUAGAGUUACUGUUGGCAUUCGUUGCACGUUUCCUGAAUAAUUAAAGUCAGAAACGGAACCGGAAUCUAGGAUCUCAGUUUCUCCCUCCAGAAAAUGGGGACAGGAGUACCAUUGUCAUGAAGCUGGGGGAUUCCUGUGCAUCACAGGGCAGGAUUGCACAUCUGGUGACUAAGGUUAUGCGUUUGGUGGAAAGGUCCGCAGCUCGGAAGAGAAAUGAAGGUUACACUCGGUUCAGGCAGUGUCCGCCCAUCUGCCUCCCCCGCCCCCAGCCUCUGGCUGCCAUCCGACAGAGAGAAGGGAGAUUAGGUCGUCACCCUGUCUUCCCAGCUCUAAGUUGUGUUUCCUCCUCAGGGGCUGACCGGGCCAAAACUGCUGAUGGAAACCAGCUGCGGGAGGCGCCGAGGUUCGGCGUAAUCCCAGGCCCCUCCCCGGCGCCGGCCGACCCCGCUAAGGGAGGAGGACGGGGGCGCCCCAGCUCCCCUCCGUUCUUCCGCAGCCGGGCCCCAUGCCCUGGCACGUCCGGCGCGCCUGAUGCUUUCCAGAUGACUCUGGCUCGGCCCCUCCGGUGUGGCAAGGUCUGAUCGCGAGUCCCAAGACCCAGACCCUUCCCUCGCGCAAGUCCAAGUCGCACUCAGGCCACGCCCUAGACACGCCCCGAACACGCCCACUUAAGCCCGGCCCCCAAACCACCACGCCCCUUCAGCCGCCCCCCGAGGCCACGCCCCUUCGGGCCCCGCCUCCGCUGUCAGGUCCCCUGUGGAGGGCGCAGUCUGCGGUGUCUGUCUCUUUACCCGCCUGUGUGUCUCUGGGUUUCUGUGUUUCUCGGUCACUAUUUCUGACUCUACUUUUCUGUCUGUCUCUCCCGUACCCCGCAUGUCUCUGCUUUUGUCUCUCUCUGCAACACUCUGCCUGUCUCUGUCUCUCUCAGUUCCCUAGGUCUAUUAUCUCUCCAAAUUUCCGUCCGCUGUCCCUUUCUGUCUCUCUCUGCAUUUCUAUCCCCCUUCUCUUAAUUUCUGUGUCCAUCUUCAACGCUCUCUCUCUAGCUCUGUCCACCUUUCUUCGUCUCUUUCUCGCGUCUGCUUUGCCCUCUGGGUUUCCACCUCUUCCUGCAGCUUUGGUGACGGUGGGGUGGGCGGCUCGGUGGGCCGUGGGCGCCCCCGUGUGGCCGCCAGAGGGUUGUCAGAAGAGGACAGAGGGCUGAGUGUGUGAGCCCACAGGGGUGUGCUUAGUGUAUGACGCAGUGGGUGUCUGUGGGUGACACUGCAAGGUGGUGUGUGAUGCCAUGAGACUCACUGCGUGAGUGUGCAUUACCUUGAGAUCGCGCGUGAUGCAGAGGUUGUGUGUGGCUGAGUGACCUUGUGAGACUUUCUGUGACAAGAAUUUGGGUAUGACUGUGAAAUCAUGUUACACGAAAUUGUGUGUGACUGUGUAUGUGAGGGGACCUAGAUGACAUAUAAGCGACUGUGUGUAACACCAUGAUAUUGGGUGUGCUUGAGACACUUUGGGGGACUCUCUGCGACAUCAAGAGAACAUAUGUGAGCUAGAGAUCAUGUGUGACAUUGUGCAACAUGGUGAGGACAGGAGCAUUGUGUGUGUCACACGGGUAGAUGAUGUGUGAGGGAGGGCAAGAAUGAAUGAGUGUGAUCCACUAAUUUAUGGCGUGAGAAAGCAGCGUGGGAGGUCUGGGGGGCUGGGUGUGACCCAGUGACCCUGUGAGUGUGAGACAGGAUAUGUCAGCCACACUGAUGAUGUGUGAGAAGCUGGAUGUGACUGUGUGUGACACGGGGAGACUGAGAGACUGGCCCCGUGUCAUGACAGUUGUGAGAGCGUGUGCAACUGUCCGGGGCACUCAGAUGAGUGUGCGAGAGAGAACUUCUGUGGGUAAGUGUGUGACACCGGGAGAUUGCUGCAUGAGGGUGACAACUGUGUGUGACACAGAUUGUGAAGCUUGGCAAGACAUCUUGAGAGACUGUGUGCGACACUGCGUGGAACCGUGUGUGCCCACUUGACCCUCUGAGAUGGUCUUUCUGACCGUGGUUGUGUAGGAUGUCACUGGCGAUGAUGGGUUGCACUAGGAGAGAUUGUGAAUGGCUGUGUGGCAUUUCGAAAGACCGUGUGCCUUCAGCGCUGUGGGAGGUUUUGUGUGGAGCACAGGUGAUUCAGGAGAUGGUAGCAGCAUCCUGUGACACAGCAAGAUAUUAUGCCUCUCUCUGCCAGGGACCGUGAGUGUGAGUCUGCGUGCUGAGCGGGGUUGUCUGGGAUGGGGUGACACUCAGGGGUGGCUGUGACAGAGUGGCAGGGCGUAUGUAAUGGGUGAGAGGCUGUGGGGGACCCACAGGAGAUGCGUGUGAUGGUGGAAUAAAUGUAGCAGGGCAUGGGGCACCUCUUGAGACUGUCUUUACCUGUGAGUGAGUGUGUGAGUGUAUGUGCAAGAGACUGAAAGAGGACACUGCAAGAGAGACAGAGGAAGGGGGAGACACAGAGAACAGAAGACACAGAGAGGAGAAUGGACAGACAGGCAGAUGUAACAAGAGGACUCGGACAGACAGACUGGAGGAGGCUAGGGCUAUGGGGAUGGUGGUGGAGGUAGCUGGAGGAGGCGGGUCUUCAGGGGCUGUGCCCCCAGAGAGGGGGCGGGGCAGGCGGGGGGGAGGGGACCCAGACGCUGCAUCCCAGCCUCUGCCACCCGCUCACCAUCCUAGCCCCGAACAGCAACAGGUAGGAGGCUCCCGUCCUUGUCCCCACACCUCGUCCCUCUGCCUGGGAGUGAAUGAAUGACUUUCUACGUCUGCAUCUCUGUCAGCCUCUCUCGCCCUCUGUCCUUCCAUGUCCCCCUUCUUCAUUCCAUCUCCCCUCCAUCUCCCUCUCUGUCCCCUGUCCCUUCAUCUCUUCUGUGCCUUUUUCUCCCCCUCUAUCACUGUUGCUUCCUCUCUGCUCCAUUUGUCUCCCUCCAUCCUUCCCCAACCCAUCCAUCUCCCCUUCUCUAUCCUCCCUCUCUCCCUUUGUCCCCUUUGUGCUUCUCUCCCCGUUUCACGCCACCCCUUUCUUUACUCUAUUUGUCUCCCCCCUCUCUCCUCCCUCCAUCACUUCGUCCCUCUGCCAUAUCUCCAUCUUUCUAUCCCUCCUCAGUCUCUUUAUUUACCCCUGUGCCUCGUCUCUCCCUCUGUCACUUCAUCCUUCCAGUGCCCCUCUAUCUGCCCCUCUCUCCAUCCUCUUUGCCUCUCUCCCAGUCUUGCCUGGGUUGCCCCCCCUCUCCAGGCCUCUCUCCGGCUGCUAAUGAGCAGAGGAGCCUUUGAGGUGGCAGGGACUUGGGGGGGGCGCCGAGGGGGCCGGAGGGGGCAGCUGCUGCCAAGGCCCUAAUGAGGCCACCUCUGCGCCCCUCCCGCCGCGAUCUUAAUUCCUUGUUCUCCCUGGAACCACCGCUAAUUGGCCUGCGGAGGUCCCCCCUCCUGGCUCACGCUCUAUCCCCAGGAGUCAUGUCCAACAACAUGGCCAAGAUCGCGGAGGCACGGAAGACGGUGGAACAGCUGAAGCUGGAGGUGAACAUCGACCGCAUGAAGGUGUCGCAGGCGGCCGCUGAGCUCCUGGCCUUCUGCGAGGCUCACGCCAAAGACGACCCACUGGUGACGCCGGUACCCGCCGCAGAGAACCCCUUCCGCGACAAGCGCCUCUUCUGCGUCCUGCUCUGAGCCCUCUCGACAGUUGACCGUGCCCUUGCCCUCCCCCGCCAAAGUAUGAAUCUAAUAAACGCGGUGACUGUG